GGGGAUGCCUAGGGGGCGCCCGCCUCAACGUCAAAUGCCUGGGCGCCACUGCGCAUGCUCCGCCACGUCUGCCCAGCUGGAAAGGAGCGGCUGGGAGCUGAGCCCUGGGAAUCUGGGGAGGGAGGGGGGUCCUGCAACCCCGAGUCUCCCCCGGGGAAAGAAACAGCUGGCGGGAGGCUAAAGGAAUCAGCUCUUCCCAUUUGCAUCGACCAGGUUCGCUUCCCAGCGUUUGUAACAAAGAACCUUGCAAGGGGGCAUCCCAGCCUGGAACUCCUCCUCCACCCUUUGCAAAGGGACCCCUUUCAAGCUUUGGGGGGGAGGGAGAGGGAUCGAAAAGACCCCGCCGAGAGUUUUUCUGUUGCCCCCGGAGCUGAGCGGGCACCUUCCAGAAAAGACCCUCCCCAAAAUGAGGGCGGGGUGUGUGUCAAGAGAGUUGAAGGAGGGACAGACCUUUCACUGAGUCUGAAAGAUUUGUUGAUUUUGCCACCACCCUCCCUUCCAAACCGUUACUUGGUCCUGAAUUUGAUCAUACAAUCAUAGCUUCUGAAUGAAAACAGCCUGCAAUUCCGGAAGUUUCCUUUCUUUUCCGCCUCCAGUGUAAAAAAACGGGAGCUCUCUUGAGAGCUGAAUGGCUUGAAUACCGUCUCCCAGCCUCUCUGCCACUCCUCCAGAUCCCAGGACUGAAAAGACCUUUGGAGACCCAGGAGAUCCACCCAUGUCAAAGAAAAGACCAGAAAUGGAUGCAAACCAGACAACCUGGAAGCGAGCGGGAAAAGGCCUCGUUGCCACUCAACCCGGGAACUGUGGGGAGGUCUGGGUAGGACCUGGGCAGAAGAUCCCAGAGAAGGAAGCCCUCAGUUCUGAGAUCCAGCAUUGGCACUUCAGGAACAGCCCCUUUCUGGAGGCCGAAGGACCACGAGAGUUUUGCAGCCGCCUUCACCGCCUUUGCUGGGAAUGGUUGCAGCCCGAGAAGCACACCAAGGCUCAGAUGUUGGACCGGGUGAUCUUGGAGCAGUUUCUAGCCGUCCUGCCCAGGGAGAUGCAGCGCUGGGUGCGGGAGUGCCGAGCGGAGACCACUUGCCAGGCGGUGGCCCUGGCUGAAGGUUUCCUGCUAAGCCAGGCAGAGGAGGAGGGAAUGCACCAGGUUCUGGGGUCCUUCAUGGAGAUAGGGACUAAUUGUCCUGGGGAAAGAGUGAAUCCCACAAAUCGCUCUCAGGAGCCACGUUGUAGAGGACUUUACAAAGAGGGAGAUCAAUGUCAAGACACCUCAAUAGGGAACAAAGUGGAGUCACCGUUAUUCACCCAAUCAUCUCCUUGUACUAGUGGAGCUGAAAGAAUAGCUGGACCUUCAAUUCAGGGUCCUGUGUCCUUUGAGGAGGUGGCUGUUCAUUUCACCAGUGAAGAAUGGUUGCUGCUGGAUUCCAGGCAGAAAGACCUGCAUCAAGAAGUCAUGUUGGAGGCUUCUAGGACUGUAACCUUUUUAGUUGAUGCGCAGAAAAAUGAAAAUUACCAAGAGCCAAGUAUGGUCCCAUCACAAAUAAUCAAAACUGAAAUACGAGAAGAGAUGUCUGCAGAUAUGUGGGGAAGAAGGAGAUAUGAGAAAAAAGGAUCUUACAAUUGGAGAGAAAACUCGACUUCUGAAUGUGCGGAAAUGGAACACUUCCAGAUUCAACAUGAUUUCAAAGAAAGCAGUAUGGGAAAGUGUCGAGGAAAUGGGAAGAGAUUCAAACCAAAACCCAAUUUCAGUAACCACAGCAAAAUGGGAAAAAACUUCAACUAUAACACCAAAAUUAUCCCACAUAAAAUAAUCCAUGCAAAAGAGAAGCCUUAUAAAUGUAUGGACUGCGGAAAGAACUUUAGGUGGAGAGGUAAUCUUAAUUACCAUAAAAAGAUCCAUUUGGGGGAAAAGCCCUUCAAAUGUGCAGAAUGUGGAAGAAGUUUCAAUAUGAACAGUUCCUUGACUUAUCAUAAAAGGAUCCAUAUGGGAGAUAAACCCUAUAAAUGCAAUGACUGUGGUAAAAGCUUCACUAUGAACAGUGCCUUUACUUUUCAUAAAAGAAUCCAUCUGGGAGAGAAACCUUACAAAUGUCUGGAAUGUGGAAAAAACUUCAGCACCAGAAGUUAUCUGACCUCCCAUAAAAGGAUCCACACAGGGGAAAAACCCUAUAAAUGCCUAGACUGUGGAAAAAGCUUCAGUAUGAAUAGUUCCUUUACUUACCAUAAAAGGAUCCAUAUGGGAGAGAAACCGUAUAAAUGCCUGGAAUGUGGAAAAAGCUUCAGUAUGAAUAGUUCUCUUACUUACCACAAAAGGAUCCACACAGGAGAGAAACCCUAUAAAUGUCCAGUGUGUGGAAAGAGCUUCAGUAGUAGCAGUUAUCUAACCUCCCAUAAAAGGAUCCAUACAGGGGAAAAACCCUAUAAAUGCAUAGAAUGUGGGAAAAGCUUCAGUUUGAACAGUUCCCUUGCUUCUCAUAAAAGAAUCCAUACAGGAGAGAAACCCUAUACAUGCACAGAGUGUGGAAAGAGCUUCAGUAGCAGCAGUUCGCUUACUUGCCACAAACGGAUCCAUUCAGGGUUGAAACCUUAUAUAUGCAAUGAAUGUGGGAAGAGUUUUAUUUCAAGCAGCUCCCUUACUAAACACAUUAGUAUCCACUCAGGGGAGAAAUUAUAUCCCUGUGCAGAGUGUGGGAAAAGCUUCCGAUUGAAUAGUCACCUAACUUCCCAUAAGAGAAUGCAUUCUGGAGAAAAACCUUAUCAAUGCACGGACUGUGGAAAAAGCUUCAGUAUGAAUAGUUCUCUUACUUCUCACAAGAGGAUCCAUUCAGGGUUGAAACCUUAUAUAUGCAAGGAAUGUGGGAAAAGUUUUAUUUCUAGCAGCUCCCUUACAAAUCAUGUUACUAUCCACAUAGAUGAGAAACUAUAUCAGUGUACGGAGUGUGUGAAAAGCUUCAGAUGGAAAAGUCACCUAAUUUCUCAUAAAAGGAUGCAUACAGGUGAGAAACCCUAUAAAUGCACCGACUGUGGAAAAAGUUUCACUAAGAACAGUUCCCUUACUUCUCAUAAAAGCAUCCAUACGGGAGAGAAACCCUAUGAAUGCACAGAUUGUGGGAAGAGAUUCAGCAAAAGCCGUUACCUUACUUCCCAUAAACGAGUUCACACACGGGAGAAACGAUAGAUAUGCUCUAAAUAUGGAAAUAGUUUUUUGUGCAAAUUGGGAUCCUUAUGCCUACUAAUACGAAUUACAGAGGUGGAAAUUAUAUAUACAUACAUACAUAUACAUAUACACAUACACACAUACAGUGGGACAAAAAA